AAAGUGCUGUGGCAGUUUGGGGAGAGAGAGGUGAUUUCUAGAAGGCUUGCUCUAGAAGAAUGUCCCAAAAAUAUCCUAUGAGAUGAGCUCUGAUGUGUGCAUAGUACUUGAACAAGUAGGAAUGAGGAGCAAACCAUUCAAGGGAGAGAGCUGUGUGUGAGGGAAGCCACAAGUGGAUGGCGUGGGCCUCCUGAGACCUCAGUGGAAUUAUCCUAUAGGUAAUAAGUCACUAUAUUUGCUAGAAAGGAAUGGGUAGACUUAUGUUUUAUUCUUUUAAUAAUAUCAUAUUUCCAUAUGAUCCAAUACUGAGGGUCUCACCUCCCUCCUAGAAGCUGCUGUUGCAGUCUGUUGCUAAAUGGGCUUUAAUAUGGGUCAGAAAUAAAGUCCAGAGAAAGAUCCUACUCAAGCAGAGCAGAACAAAUCACCUUUAAGUUCCUUUCCAUCAAAAGGCUCAGAUCAUCAAAGUAUCCUUUAGGGCAGACAGAGAGAGAGGAAAGGAUUUGCUUCUUAAGAUAUCUGAGGUUACAUUGAACAUGGCUUCUUCCCUAGUUAAUCCCUGUUAAACUAAAUCAUCUUUUUUACCUCAAGGUCCAACCACCUUUAAAGCAUGAGUUCCCAGCAGCAGAAGCAGCCUUGUACCCCACCCCCUCCACUUCAACAGCAGCAGGUGAAACAGCCUUGCCAGCCUCCACCGCAAGAACCAUGUGUUCCCCAAACCAAGGAGCCCUGCCACCCCAAGGUGCCUGAGCCCUGCCACCCCAAGUUGCCUGAGCCCUGCCAUCCCGAGGUACCUGAGCCCUGCCACCCCAAGGUGCCUGAGCCCUGCCAGCCCACAGUCACUCCUGCACCACCCCAGCAGAAGACCAAGCAGAAGUAGAGGGGUGCACAGCCAUGCCCUAG